UUUGCCGCGAGUCGGUCCGCGCUUGUUCAGUGAGAAUCUUGCCACCGUUGAGACUGGACGUGUGGUUUCGCUAGCAGUUUGCGAAAUUGCACGAAUUUUCUAACAAAAUCUCGCGCCAGCAACAACCACCAGGGCUGAGAACCUGCAAACCUGUGUCUCAUCAGAACGGAUUUUGUGGCACACACACACUACUCAAAGUCAAAGUAGGCAUCGAAAUUAUCGCUCGAAACGCAGCUGGAUAUUACAAUAUCCAAAGAAGAAACCAAAUUAGACGUGAUGCUGUUGUGCCUAGAAUCCUGCAACCAAACGAAGUGAUUUUAAAGUGACGCUACAGUCCCUCCAUUUUUUUGUUUGUUGCUCUCUGUCAUCCUAGGGGGGUGUGUGAUCUGUGAUUUUUUUUCUGUUUAUCCUCCCCCAGUGCAACAGAAAAAGUCUUGCAAAAAUCAGUGAACCUUCGGGUUAGAAGCGCAGGAAAUAAGAAAGGAAAUCGCCGCGUGCCUGUGCCUGUGGUCAUUAUCUUUCAUCGCGAACCGACCGCGGAGGUUACUCCGAUUGUGUGUGUGCAUUAAAGAGAGAGAGGGAGGGAACGUGUGCGCGCUAGUGUGAAUAACCGAAAGAGAGCAAACGAGCGUCUGAUUGCUCCCCACACAACGACUACUGAACCCCUGACGCUGUGAACGAAAUUUAAGUCGCUGUUGCUAAGGGCUCCCCAGCUCCAACGCUUACUCGAACAGCUGUUUGAUACCGUACCAAGCAGUCGAAUAGUCGUGAGAGAGAACUUGAGAGAGAGAGUGUACAGCUGCAAUCUCUCUGCGAACAACAGUGUGCUAUAUACGUUAGAUUGGUGCCUGAGGAUGCCUUAAUAAAACUCCACGUGGUUGAGUUUUUGGCCCCAGAGGCUGCAACGUACGCUUUGGGGAGUUGUUGAGAGUGAAAUCGACUCGGUUGGUUGGUGAACUUGGGAUAGCAGAGCAGCGAUAGAGAGAAAUAGUGAAGAAAGUCGUGAGAGACAUCGUUUGUGACACACAUACCUUAGGCCGUGGUGUGGUGUACUGUGCGUUUUUAUAUACAUACGGUCGGUAGAAGAUUCUAGAAAGAGGACCAAACAUCCUCCAAACUCCCAAGAAAACAUUGUGAUAUUUGAUAGUUUCUAAUAAUCAAAUUCCGACCGCAAACGAACCGGUGUUACACGUCGAGAGAUCUUAUCCAAAAAUCUCUCGAAACGUUAACGAACUCUAAAACAGACAUCAUCUGUGUGAUAUAUAAAGCCUCACGUGUAGGAGGUGUGGUCUUGCCCGUACAUUUAGUACCGUAGUGUGGUGAUUCUGUUUUUAGUACCUGAAUGGUGCGGUAAUCGAGUGACGGUAAAGGAACAAAAAACACACACAAACAAAAUGGCAUUCGAACAGAACACACUGCAAGUCAGCGGCGAUGGGCUGGACGACUUCAUUCUAGUCUUCAAGGAGCUGCUGUCACGGUACUUGGAUAUCGGUGAGGAUCUAAACGUACCUGAUGACUUCACACAGAGCGAAAUGCAAACCGGUAUGUGGUGGCGCCAUCUGGCGGCCGGUGGAAUUGCCGGUGCAGUGUCGCGGACGUGCACGGCCCCGCUGGAUCGGCUGAAAGUGUUCCUGCAGGUUCAAGCAUCUAAACAGAGAAUCUCAGAUUGCCUUCAGUACAUGCUGAAGGAGGGCGGCGUGCGGAGCCUGUGGCGCGGCAACUUUAUCAACGUGCUGAAGAUCGCCCCGGAGAGUGCGAUCAAGUUUGCCGCGUACGAGCAGGUGAAGCGGCUGAUCCGCGGCAACGACAAGCGCCAGAUGACGAUCUACGAGCGGUUCGUGGCGGGCGCGUGUGCGGGCGGCGUCAGCCAGACGGCAAUCUACCCGAUGGAAGUAUUAAAGACGCGGCUCGCGCUGCGCAAGACCGGCGAGUACAGCAGCAUACUGGACGCGGCGUCCAAGAUCUAUCGGCGCGAGGGCCUGCGCUCCUUCUACCGCGGCUACAUUCCAAACAUGCUCGGCAUCAUCCCGUACGCCGGCAUCGAUCUGGCGGUGUACGAAACGCUGAAGAAGAAGUACCUUAGCCACCACGAGACGGAGCAGCCGAGCUUCUGGCUGCUGCUGGCGUGCGGCAGCGCCUCGAGCACGCUCGGCCAGGUGUGCUCGUACCCGUUGGCGUUGGUGCGGACGCGACUACAAGCGCAAGCGGUCACAAUCGGUCCCAAUCCGGACGGCAGCGUAGCGGUCGAGCCGAACAUGACGAACGUGUUCAAGCGAAUAAUACAGACGGAGGGCCCGGUCGGUCUGUACCGGGGCAUUACGCCGAACUUCAUCAAAGUAUUACCGGCCGUCUCGAUCAGCUACGUCGUGUACGAGUAUACGAGCCGUGCCCUCGGCGUCAACAUGACGUGAUUUGUUUCCCGCGUCGAUCGUACACACCAGCAGCAGCAGCAGCAGCGCCGGGAGGUCGCACACUCUUCGCUUCGUGGCAUCCGCGCCUCCCCGCUCCAUCUUACCACGGGGGAAACGUCACCCUUCUUCGCACCCAACUCCUUUUGCCAUCUACCAUUCAACCUGCCUGUCUGCCUUGUGGCUGCCCACGAAAGUAGACAUGAUUUUAUUGCGGUCUCUUCUACUGUAUCUACUUGCAGUAGUAGUAGUAGUUGUAGUUGGGAUGAUCGGUUGAUGCAGAUGUCUGUUUCGGUUCGUCAUUUGCCCGUCUAGUGAAUUGGAAAAACGAAUUACAACCAAAACACCAAACAAUUCCCCCAACAUGUUGUUGAACAAAGAGCAAUAGAGCCUUUUUCUGAUUACUACUGAUACGCUACUGCAAAGCUCUCCAUACAAUCGUUCCUUUUUUCUGCGCUUCCUUUACCUUUUUUUGUGUUGCUCCGUCGGAGUUCGGGAUGAGUUAGAAGGAUGAGAUUGUGCAGUAGUAGGAAGAGAAGUGUAACAGGGACGAAGAUGGGAGUUAAUGUUAACCGAUGAAGCAGCAGCAGUGGCAGCGGUGUUUGUGCCUGUGGCAGUUGGCUUUGCAGUGGCGAACGAAGCGACAGCGAGUCCCGAACAGCAUCUAGACACACGAACGAAUGAAUGGCGGAUGGUGGAUUAAAUUAUUUCUCUUAUUUUUAAUAGUAGCCAAUUUUCAAAUUAGUCCCCCCCCCCCCCCA